AUGCAUAUUAGUAAUAUAUGUUUGGUUCUCUUUUGGUGGUUAGCCACUUUUACGCAACUAACCCACGGUGUUGCAGAUAGGAAUCCACAAAAUAGAACCUCUUUGAAGUUGAAAGGGGAUCAUCUUUCGUUUGAAAUUUUACCAAAGAAUGCACCAAACUAUUAUACACCAAAUAACUUCAAUGUUAACAAGAAUGAGUCUAUUUGUAUCAUCCUAAAUACGGAACUUCACAAACAGAGUCAGGAAUUGGUAUUUGGUAUCACAGUUCAGGAAGUAUUGCCGUACAAGAUUGACUUUACUCGUUUUGGUGGAACCAGUUCUGAGAAAGGUAAGCAAAAACUUUACUUAACUGUUUUUGGUUUGCGAUCUGGAAAUUUAUUGCAAAGUACGAGAGAUUUAUUGACGGGCACUACUUUAUUUCAAUUAAACCCAGAUGGUGAGAACGAUUUUGAAUUUUGUUUCCAAAAUUUAGUGUUUGAUCGUUCCUGGAAUUCCAUUAAUGCAAUAAAACUUAUCAAGCUUUUUACCAGUGCCAAUGACAUUUUGAAUCCAGAGCUGAACAAAUAUUUAGAAACCCAAUAUACUUCAAGGGCAGCAAAGAGGCUUCAUAAGGCAGAUUUUACCUUGAGCAAUAUCCAAAAUAAUACAUUAAUUAAGGAGCUACUCCCGCUCGAAUCAUCACAUCGCGACAUCAAUGAAGAUAUAUUUUCCAGAAUGCUAAAUGGGUUUGCAGCCUUGGUAUUUGCAGUAAUUGUAACCUCCCUAAUUCAACUGCGGUUCUUGUAUUUACGAUUAAAGGAAGGGAGAAAAGAUAGAAAUUUAAAAUCAGUUUAA